AUGGCUUCCGAAAACACUGAGUCGACGCCUGACAUUCGUAAAUUCUUGCGGAAAAAAGUAACAACGAGAAACCGUCUGCUUCUGUGCGGAUAUUCAAUAUUCGCUGGCGCAUUGGCAGUGGCAUACAUCAGUAAAUCACUAGCGAGCUCAGGGGAACCAAACGAGCUUCUUGAUCGUCUUAGGAAGAGAUCUACAGAUAAUGUGACAUUUACAGCUGUAUUGUUGAAUGAUGUUAACCUGCCAAACUGCACUCCUCCAGCAAUUGAUCAGUUUCCAGCCGACCUAUUUUCUCGUGAGCAGCGUCAGCAUGGUGGCGUGCUUCUCCAUUUCUUAAUCUCCUUGUACAUGUUCAUCGCACUAGCCAUUGUCUGCGAUGAUUAUUUCGUCUCUUCCCUAGAGAGCAUUAGUGAGAAACUUAAUUUACAAAGCGAUGUAGCAGGUGCCACCUUCAUGGCCGUAGGAAGUUCGGCUCCUGAGCUCUUUACGUCAGUGAUUGGAGUUUUUAUCACAGAAGACGAUGUUGGCAUCGGUACUAUUGUUGGUUCUGCUGUUUUCAAUCUUCUCUGUAUUAUAGCAUUAUGUGGGCUUCUUGCAGGCACGGUAAUAAACUUGAGUUGGUGGCCAUUAUUCAGAGACUCAAUUUGUUAUAUAAUCAGUAUUUUAGCAUUGGUUGUUGUCAUGGCAGAUGAAAUCAUUCAGUGGUAUGAGACUGUAUUUCUUUUGAUUUUAUAUGCACUGUAUAUACUUUUGAUGUUUUUCAACCAGCGUAUAAGUAGUGUAAUUAUCAGUCGAGUGACCCUGUGGAAUAAACAUACAUGUAUGCUAUACAAUAGAGUGUCAACGGAGGAAAAGAGCCCCCUAGUUUUUGAUUCCUUAGCCACGCCUUCCAAUCGUAGGGAUAUAGGAUUGGAAGAGAUUGAAAUGAUGGAGGAAAAUAUGAACACUCUUAAGUUUGAGAUUGUGGAAGAAUCGGAGAAAAAAGAAUCCAUCUCCACUGCAAAUGGUGUUAUUACUAAGGAGAACGACUAUGAAAGCCUCCAAGCAAAAAGUCCAUCUGAUUUAGAAAAGAAAGAUGAGGUGUGUAUAGAAGAAAAUGAGACUAAUUCACCGCUGAAUAUUCCAGACAAAAAUUGGAAGAAACUACUUUGGAUAAUUACCAUCCCAAUUAAUGCCGUUCUAUAUACUACUGUCCCGGAUUGUCGUAGCGAAAAUUGGAAGAGGUGGUAUAUUUUCACGUUUAUGAUGUCUACGCUGUGGAUUGCCGUCUUUUCAUAUAUUCUGGUUUGGAUGGUCACAGUAAUAGGUGAUACUUUGAAUAUACCAGAUACUAUAAUGGGUCUUACAUUGUUAGCUGCUGGUACUAGUGUACCAGAUGCACUCGCUAGUAUAAUAGUUGCUAAGGAUGGGUAUGGUGACAUGGCUGUAUCCAAUUCCAUAGGAAGUAAUAUAUUCGAUAUUCUGUUAUGUCUGGGACUACCAUGGUUUAUUAAAACUGUUGUCAUAGCAACCGGAAGCGACAUUUACAUUCACGGUGCUGGACUGACGUAUACCGCCCUGAUGUUGUUGGUUACCGUCUCCAUUUUACUCAUUUCCAUAGCACUCAAUAAAUGGAGAUUAGACAAAAAAUUGGGAUAUAUAUUUUUAUUAAUCUACGCUGUAUUUAUGAGUUUUGCCGUGAUGUAUGAACUCAAUGUAUUUGGAAUGUUCAGCUUGCCUUCUUGUCCGAGGCCGUAAAUUACAAGUUGCAUACCAUAAUAUUGC